AUGAAAGCUGAUGAAAAAUUAGCUAAAAAUCUAACGAUGGGUUCAGAAUAUCAACGACUUAAUUUAUCUUAUAUUGAUGUUCUAAAGAAGGCAAAACCAGUGGAAACAAAAGGAACAGUUCAACGCAUAACUAAAAAGGCUGUGAGAGUAAGAUAUGGAGAGGACAACAAUGCAUUAUUUGAAUUUCUAGGCGAUCUACUAUUUAAAGCGACCGACACGGAAGUUCAAGAGGAGCUCGAUUCCUUGUUUACAGGGACCACAAUUUGCAAGAUCCAACUACCAGGCCAUGCUAAUGUUGACCAGAGUGUCCUCCUAGAUACCUUCAAUGAGGAGGAGUUUGAGCUUUUAAAAGACCUCCUUCGAUUCAGCCCCGACUCAGCUAACAACAAUCCCGCGAUGUUCCUUAGGAAAAGGCCUGCAAUGUCUAGGGGGAAUGCUUCCACGGCUGCAGAUGAGCUGGAGAUACAGCGAUUAGAACCUCUUAACUUCUAUUCCGACUCUGAAGAAGAAGAAGAAGGCAACCCUGUAGGUGAAUCUGCUGGUACUAGGUCAAUAGUUUCUAGCCGGCGGCGCACGCAUUCGAGGGCACCAACAAGAGUAGUGCGUUUUAACGUCCCCUCGGAGGCUGGUGGGUCAACUGUUGCUCCUAGCAGCCUUCGAUCCACAACUAAAUCUUCAUCUGCUUCAACGACUACUAGUGGCUCCCCCGAGAACUCAAGUAGUACUUCCCAAAGCAAAUCCUUUUGGAGUAGUGCUCGAACUACAGCAACUAACCUCACCCGUUCUAGCUUUAAUUCAUCAGUGAGGCGUGCCAAGAAAGCGAAGGAUGUAGUUAAGGGUGCAGCUCAUCAAAUCCGCGAGAAUGCGCAAUCCAAAUUAGACGAGAUAAAAACCGACGCUGCUGCCCACCUAGAGAACAAAGAGUUAUACCAGAACAUUCUGCGGCGACUUAGGGGGCGCAUUAAUACUGCUAAUCCCGCAGACAUCAUUAGAAGGGCCAAGAACUACAACGCCAUUCCAGAGAAGAGACAAAUCAAACUCCCCGAAUUUAAUACCAACGUUGAGAUUGAUUAUAUGAAAUUAGUCAAAGCUUGUGCUGAAGCAUUCCAAAUCACUACCCAAGCCGAGAAGGUUAUGUUGCAGUAUCUGAUUCAAAAGGGAAAGGCUGACUUUAAAGAUCAAAAGCACCAACCUCUACAUGAUAUCAGUGACGAUGAAAUUCAAUGUCUGGUGGCAGAGGAGGGGCUAAGUUUGAUUUUGAAGAAGAUCUAUAGAAUCUUUUGCAGUAAAGCAAAUCCCUCAGACAUAGUCGAUAGGCAGAAGGACUUGCAAUUGGAAUGGUGGGGAGAAAAGAAAAAGACCAUGGAGGAGGCAAAAGUGACUAAGCCACAUUUCGAAGAGUCAAACAUUGCUGCUUAUAUGGCUAUUCUUAAGGCUAUCGAUAAAAAUUGGGAUGCACUUGUCUCAAUCUCGUGCAUGAAUUCUAAGGCAGAUGCGGGUGUGUCUGAACAUAACCAGACUCGCCUUACUGACACCCAGUAUGCUAGUCCUGAACGUGCAAUGUCUAUUCUUCGUUACAUGUCUCGUCCUAUUGAUGAUAAUGAUAAUGAUAAUGAGGAGAACCUAGAGGAGUUGCAGAACACUAUCAAUCUUUUGAUUAUGGACAACGUUAAACAGGCAAGACACGAGAUAGAAGUAAUUCAAACAGUCCAGAAACUGAGAGGCGUUGAAAUAGACCUUGACAAAAUUGAUCUGAAGAUGAGUAAAUUCCAAAUCACCAAGAAACAAUUUGCCCCUAUCGAGCAAAUAAUGAAGGACCCGAGUGGCAAGCCUAUAACGAUAGAGUCCUUAGCUAAGCAGCAACUACAACAGGAGGCGCAGGCGGCCGAAUUACUUCGUAAGAAAGCAGAAGCAGCAGCAAAAGCGGCAGCAGAAAAAGCAGAAGCAGAAGCAGCAGCAAAAGCAGCAGCAAAAGCAGCAGCAAAAGCAGAAGCCAGACGACUUCAAGCGGCAGCGAAUACGGAAUAUAAUGUAACUCCUGAUCUACUAUCAAAGUCCCACCCCCCACCACAACAAACCCAAUCUAAAUUUAAUGGGGAUGUAACUAUACCAUUUCCGGCCUCGUCUAAUCCUAAAUCCAAUGGUAUCUUUGGCAUCCUAGAUCCGCAUAUGCACAAGAUCGGAUAUCUAGUCCUGUAUCUCUUUACUGGUAUUGUGUGGAUAUCAGCCGUUUACUAUUUUGCGAGGAUAACUAAUCAAGGAGUGCCUACGACGUGGUUGGAUUGGGUUAGUGCUGGUAUUUCGCUUCUUUUGAUCAUUGUAUCUGCCUACCUUGUUUGUGCAGUCCACCAGCAAAGCGACUCAAAAGCUUCUUCGAAAGCUUCUUCGAAAGCAGAGACUUGGAAGGCGAUUCUCGCGGCGCAGGCUUUGCCAUGUAUACUUCUGGCCGGAAUAACUUUUGUGGUGUUCUUGUAUUUAGACACGCAAAUGCACAUUAUUCGGCCGAUUUUAAUUGGAAUUUCCAUGCUGAUCUGUGCCUGGGUGACAUUUGAUAUGGCGUCUCAUCGGCCAAACUCUAUUUUUGGAACAAAAAACAAGCAAUCCAUGAUAUUGUUGGGGUAUCUUAUGCUGUUGGGGAUUGUUUUUAUCUCAGGCCUGAUUCUGACUUUUACUGCUUUGCCAACCACAGCACUUCAUCGCCAAUUCUCGGAAGCGUUUGGGUUAGGUUUGAGUUAA